UCAAGUUAUUAGUUAGUGGUGUCAUCCUGUUGUACUGUGCAUUGCCAAUAAAACCUCUCUAAUCUGUUCUAAUAAAAGAUACACAAUAGUUAAACAUAUCCCAUUCUUUGCAUUAUUUUUCUUUCUAGAUGCGAAACACUCGAGGCGUGUCUGUGUGGCCGGUGGGGUUUGUUGGUGGCAGAGCAUAUGAGCGCCCACUAGUGUCAGGGGGCAAAGUUGUGGGCUGGUACACCGGCUGGAGACCGGAUCGACCUUUUGCUACUGACAUGGCAGGUUUUGCUGUGAACCUCCACGUGAUCCUGGCUAAUCCGAGGGCGCAGUUCAAGAGGCGGGGCUCCCAGCCGGGCAUGCAGGAGUCCGACUUCCUCAAGCAAAUCACCAAGGUGACAGAGUUGGAGCCCAAAGCCAACAACUGCACUCGGGUUCUUGUUUGGCACACGCGCAGUGAGAAGCCGCACCUCGCAAACGAGUCCAAGCAUGCAAUGGACAGUGUGGUCAUCGAGGUGUGAGCCAAGGAGAAUCAAUUUCAAGCUCUCAACACGUUUCCACUGGAACUUACUAGCAGCAAACUGCCAUUCCUCCUCGUAGUGUUCAUCACUGACAGUAACUGAGGAGGCACGUCAGUCGAUCCCCCGUUUGUUUGUGGGCAAAAGGCGGACUACACUCUCAACAGAUCACCUGUUCAUCCAGAGGAUUUAAAUGCUGGCUGCAUUGAUUGAUUGAUUGAUUGAUUGAGACUUGUAUUAGUAGGUUGCACAGUGAAGUACAUAUUCCGUACAAUUGACCACUAAAUGGUAACACCCGAAUAAGUUUUUCAACUUGUUUAAGUCGGGGUCCAUGAUACAGAUAUAUACUAUCAGAUAUAUACUAUCAUCAUAAUACAAGAUAAUCACAUUGAACUAUUUACAUUAUUUACAAUCAGGGGUGUGGAGGGUUGGGGGGGUAGGAUAUGGACAGCAAGUAGUGGACAGAGAGAGAGAGAGAGAGAGAGAGCGAGAGAGAGAGAGAAAGAGAUCAGAAGGCAUAAGAAAAAGUAUCUGCAUUUGAUUGUUUACAUUUGAUUAUUAACAAUCAGGGGAGGGUGUUAGUUUAGGGUUGUAGCUGCCUGGAGGUGAACUUUUAUUGCGGUUUUGAAGGAGGAUAGAGAUGAACUCCUACACGACCACGGAGCCACUAAAAAAAAAAAAAAAAAAAUACGGAAUUGUGUUCAACUUUUCCAGGGUGUACACCGCCUUCCGCCCGAAUGCAGCUGGGAUAGGCUCCAGCCACCCCCGCGACCCUGAGAGGGACAAGCGGUAGAAGAUGGAUGGAUGGAUGGAUGGAUGGAUGAAUUGUGUUCAGGUGUCCAAAUGUGAUUUUUUUCCCCCGCAUUACAAACGAAUGGCAGCAAAUGAUAAUGUGAUAAACAUGUCAUUAAUGUUGUCUGAUUUGCAAUUUUUGACAACAUCAUCCAACAUUAGUACUUGUAGUACCAACAAACAGUACUUUUGUAAGUGUACUUACUUACUUACACAAGUCCAGAUUGUUUACGGUCGAAAUGUUAAAAAAACAUGUCAUGUAAAAUGAGUGUUUAUCCAGCAAGCCAUCUUUUUCAUUUGAGUGAAAUACUAUUUGCCCUUCAAUCAAACACAAAUUAAUGUGUGCACCUUAUUUUAUGUUUUUUGGUUUUUACACUCCAUCUUUCUCUGUUAAAAUGAACCUACUAUUAAAAUGUUGUACCGUUCAUAUCUUUGUAAGGAAGUAAACGUACAAAACAAUCAGGGUGUCAAAUACUUCAUGUAUUUUUCACACUGUACUGUAUGUCAGUGGUCCCCAACCACCGGGCCGCACAAGAAAUGAAAAAAAAAAAGUUUUUAUUUUUUAUUUUUUUUAAUUAAAUCAACAUAAAAAACACAAUAUAUACAUUAUAUACCAAUAUAGAUCAAUACAGUCUGCAGGGAUACAGUCCGUAAUCACACAUGAUUGUAUUUCUUUAUGAAAAAAAAAUAAUAAUAAACUCACCCCCCCGGUCCGUGGGACAAAUUUUCAAGUGUUGACCGGUCCGCAGCUACAAAAAGGUUGGGGACCACUGCUGUAUGUAAUUGACAUUCUGUAAGAUAUAUGAAUUCACUUUUCAUAUGUGUGUCUUUCUUCGUGUGUGGGUACGACUUUGGUAUAGGACGAGAUAAACAGCACAGGUGAGCUGGAGCCCAUCCCAGCUGACUUACUGCGAGAUUGAGUAGUUGUUUGUCAAUAUGUGAUUGACUGGCAUCCAGCCUCUUGUUCAGAGUCAGCUGGGAUAGGCCCCAGCUCACCUAUGACCCUGAAUAUAAUAAGCGGUGGAAAAUGAAACAUAUUGAUGAAUCGAUUGUUAAUUUUCACAAUUAGUAAUUGAGUAAAUUUAAAAGGCCAUCUACAACCCAGAAAUAAUACAUGUUGUGUGUAAGUAAUAUUACAAGGAAAGCAAUGAAUGAGUUAUGUGAAUGAGUUAUUUUGUCAAUUGAAAAGUAAAAGGGUCCAAACAUUGAGCCUUGAAGCGUCCGUGUGAAGUCAAGGAGACUCAGCACCAGUCAAAGAUGUCCAGACUUUUGACAUGAAAUAUUAGCAGUGAUGAGGUAGUUGACUAUGAUUAUGUCUUCCGAGCUAAUGUUACAUUUGAAGGACAUAUGGCCUGAUCUACUAAGACCUAAAUAACAGACCCUGCAAACUAUAAAAUGUACUAUUAGUGGGCGUGUUGCGUGUGAUCUACUAAGACCGCGUGCACAGUUCAUGACACGUGCAAAAGUGGUGCAGACCGCCCUAUUUAAAUAAAAUAUUUGCGUGUGUACAGGCUGUUACCAUGGAGACACUCCUUUAUUACAUCAUAUGGUCCAGCUGGUGGUGUUCCGUCAUGUUGUUGACAUGCAGCACACAAAUAUCAUAGGUACCAUUGUCUCUAGGUUUUAUUGAAGCACAAUCUAGGCAACAGAAGCUACUUUUAACAGGUUAAAAGUGCGCUUUGGGAGGCGCUGCGGAGUUGUG